AUGUCUGGCGAGGAGAUGGUACCGCCGUCGGCCGUUCCGAUCCCAGACCCCAAGAUCCUAUUCACUGAUGCCGCGCUGGCAGUAAUUGAAAAGACCCUUGGUUACGAGUUCAGAAAUAAGGAAAAUCUAAAACUGGCUCUGACUCACAUUUCUACAAACCCAAACAAGGUUCCAAGUGAAGACAGUGACCGGUUGGAGACGCUGGGGGACAAAUUACUAGGCGCCUUGGUGAUGGCAAUAUGCUACACAACAUGCCCUACUUAUGGGGCAGGUGAAUUGGCUAACCUAACGUCCAUGAUCACCUGUAACGAUACUAUUUAUACUAUACUAUUUACAGACGAGAGUUGGUUGCAUAAGGCAAUUCAACAACCGAAGGCCAAUGUAAAAAACGCAGCCAAGGAGGCAGGGAAGUUGGAGCUUAUUGGCGAUCGGGCUCUUGACUUAAUUAUAGUGGAUGAAUGCGAAACGCGGAAGCCAGAAUAUGGAGCGGGCCAAUUGACUACCGUCAAAUCAGCUUUGACUUGCAACAAUACCUUAGCGGUCAUCGCGAUUAGAAAAAAAUUCUCUCUCAAACUUUCGGGCCAGACUAAAUCUUUAUUUCAUCUUCUUGAUCUAAACCCUCGGUAUAACCAAGGACAGCUAUCUGUCUUGAAGUCGGCCAUAACAUGCAACGACACGUUAGCUGUUAUCGGCCUACAUUGUUGCCUACACACGGGCCUACAUUUGUUGCUGCAGCAUCGGCUCCCAGCAAAGCAAAUAGAAGAAUUAGAAAGUUUUGUGGACCAUCAAAACAAAAACCAACAUCUAUUUUCGCUCGAGAAAGAACUAGUCAUUAUCUCUUCAUCUGAAGGAGACCGAGCCUUUGACAUAGACUAUCCCAAAGUUUAUGCCGAUGCGUUUGAGACGCUGAUUGGCGCGUUGCGUAGAGAUUGCGAACGAGAGGACAAGGUCAUCCGAAAAGUUGUCUUAAACCUCAUGGGCGACUCAAAUUCCACAAUAACAUUCUCGUCUGCCCACUACAACGUGUGA